AUGACUUCAACCACAUUCCAAGACCAAGAUCCGCCUCAGUCAGGUGUCUCCCUUGCGACGCCGCCCAAACCAAAGGCAAUAGAGCUCAAUGGCGCUCCGAUACCUGCACUUUUACAUCCACAAGACGAGGAGCCACCGUCAACAGAAAAACUACCAGAUACAAAUGGUCUUGCUGACAGCAUCGCCACAAUAACAACAAACGACACCAUGACACCCGAUAAAACCCUAAUGAAAUCUACAAAUAAUAAUACGGCCAAAACGAAGACCACGGCCGAAGAUGACACUCCAAUCACGAAAGUCAUUCAUUUCUUCGCUACGGCGACCCCUGGCUCCCUCGCUGGAGUCGCAGUCGGAUUCGCUGCCUUCACAUACAUAACUAUGGGUCGUUUAGGACUCGUACUCAUCGGAGCAUUCGGCGGAGUAGCCGGGUUCAUAUCAUGGGAAGCUAGGAAUCCCGAACUUGCCAAGAUGGUGCGAGGCGAGCGAGGUAUUGAUGUUAUAGGCCGACUGUUGGAGGCCAAAACCAACCAGGCGGCUGAAAAACCAGAAGACAGCAGUGAUGAUGAGGAGUUCACUAUGAAGAACUUUGACGAAUUCCGACCAGAGACUCGUGAAGCCCUCGGAGGACUUGUCGAUGCCGUCAUCAAGGAUUAUGUGAAAUGGUGGUACAACCCGAUUGUUCCUGCAGACCACUCUUUUCCUUUGGCGUGCCGCAAGACCCUCACAUCUUACGUCCUCUCCGUCUCGAACCACCUCAGCCGAAAGCGCCCCGCCGAUACGUUCCUCGAUCUUCUUACCAACUCAUCCUCCAUUAUCAUUGUCUUCAUGUCUGAGCUUGCGUCCGCCUUUUCCGAACUCCCUCCAGACAGCAAUAUGACUGCCGCAGAUGCUGUAUACAAUUAUCUGGCAGCGAACCCCGACUGCCAUUUGGCCAAUCUCGUGAACCAACGUCAACAAGCAUCAAAAUUCAAAAUGGUGGCCGAGGACCUUCUAGGGUUCAUGGACCGAAACGCGUACAACUGCGACCCUGCCCGUGUCUUUCUGCGAGAGAUUCUGGCAAACUCGGUUCUCGAGCAAACGUUGAACACUUGUAGUCAAGCCGAUUGGAUUAACGGAUGGAUUGUAUACCUGCUGGAAGCCGGCGAGCCGGAUCUUAACCAGGCAAUUGAUGUUGGCAUGAAACGCGCACCGGACCCGAGUAUAGCAGCAGCCAAUGUUUUUGCUGACCUGGAUGGCAACGUCGGAAAUAUUGGUAUCGCUAAGCCUGGACGCAGUUCACUAGAGAACGAACGGGCUCGACGUAAAGAACCGCUUGGUCACAAGAAGAAGCUGAGCAAGGCAGAGGAAGAGAUGGACGAAGCUAUGCAAGAGAUGAAGCGCAUGAACGAAUUGAUUGCUCGAGAGGAAGUCCGACGAAAACGCGCCUCGAUGGCCUCUAUUCAAGAACCAAGCACAGAUCUCGCCAAAGAUGAGAAGAGAAUGUCUAGUACCUCAGUAACCGCAUCGCCAGAAGGGUUCUCUUCAAAGAGCGAUCUUUCCCAAACUCCCCUCACUCCACGAUCGCCGAUGGACUCUUCGAGUCCUGAGUCGUCUCCCCGCCGGUCGGAUGGCACUCGAUUCACCAGUUUCGACCAAAUCGUGCCGCCUGGACAAGUGGCAGAUGAAGGAGAGGAUGAGGCGCCUAAGAAAGCACCACUGACUCUCCACAACGCAACCCUUACCCUUCACGACGACACUCCUGGUGAAGCCACCCGCAUUCGCAACAAGCCUAACUGGGAUUACUGGGUGCAGGUCGAGCCUUCUGUGACUGCGUAUCCUGGAUGGAUGAUUGUGAGGCGAUAUGCUGAUUUUGAGACACUCCACGAAAUUCUGAGGCGAAUUGCCACGAUCUCUGGUGCAACUGCUUUCACUGAACUUCACAAGGACUUGCCUGACUGGAAGCUUCACACACGGGAGUCUCUUCGCGGUGAGCUAGAGAGGUAUCUUCGGGACGCUUGCUGGUAUCAAAGCUUGGCCGAAAGCGAAGGAAUGAAGCGAUUCUUAGAAAAGUCAAAGGGACACACGCACAGUGAAUCCAAAGCAGGCUUUGGUUGGGAGUCAAUGGGUAAAGGCAUGCUAGACGCGCUGACCACAGCACCCAAGGGUGCCGUGGAGGGCGGCAAGAGUUUAGUUGGAGGCGUCACGGGAGUUUUUGGCAACACAUUUUCUGGCCUCAGCAGGAAGUCUACCCAGUCAGUAGAUCUGACGGCCAAUCCGAGUCGUCUUUCCCUCUCGACUCCUCCUGCUCAGCUAAGCGGUGCACGAUCUCCCGUUCGCUCAGCUCGAGAUAGCAUGGACAGCCAGCGCUCGUCUAUCGUAUCGCUACAGCCAGGGAAGAUGCCUCCUAUGGAACGUCGUCCAAGCUACCAGUCGCAGAGCGAGUCAGAUGCAGAGGGCCGUACGAGUCGCUCUGAGCGUAAGGAGUCGGGCUCGGCAUCGGCGAGUGCUCUUCCUAGUCGGGAGCACAGUCGUGCGCCCAGCCUUGCGCAACUACGAUCUCCUUCCGCAUUGAGCCUCGACUUUAGUAAGCUCCCGCCUCCACCCGAUCAGAUCGCCGACGACUACGGUCUGCCCGAAAACCAGAGUGACAUGCAAUACAACGGUGCCAAGGGUCAGUCACAGGAGCGUAAGACUUCUCAAGAGAUUCCCACGCCUCCUCCUUCGGUCACAAGCGGCAAGAGGGCGUCCUUGAAACCUGCUAAGCAAUACACCGCACUUUCAGAACCUGAAACUCGUGUGGCAGUAGAGCUUCUGUUUGCCGUGAUCAACGAGAUGUACACAUUGUCUUCAGCGUGGAACAUUCGUCGCACUCUAUUGACUGCUGCCAAAUCAUUCCUUCUCCGCCCAGGCAACCCCUCACUUCUGACAGUGCAGUCACUGAUCCAAAAGUCCGUCAUCGACGCCAAUACGUCCGAUUCGGGUAUUGCGGAGCAACUACGCAAGGUCCGCGAGAAUGUGAUGCCCACAGAGCAGGAGCGUGCAACUUGGCCAGCCGAGCUAACAACCGAUGAGAAGGAACAGCUUCGCAUCAAGGCCCGCCGACUACUCAUCCAGAGCGGCCUCCCAGCUGCUUUGAUGGGUGUGAUGGGUCAAGCGGCAACGGGUGAAGCACUUGGCAGAGUUUUCGACUGCCUUCAAAUCGAGGAGGUCGCAAGAGGACUCCUCUUUGGUCUGAUUCUCCAAGUUGUUCGAAUUGUGACACACUAA